AUGAUUGAAUCAACACCUACAGGAAGAGGAGAAACAGAAGGUAUCAUAUCACACAGGAGCAUAUCAGGCACUUGAUUACAUUUGAUCUAAUGUGUUUUUUUUUUUCCUAAAUAAGUCCUUUAUGUCCCUCUAUUUCUUUAUUUUUUCUCAGAGUGGGGAGUAGUAUCAGAUCCAAAGGAAGCUUGUUGGCUUUUCUCACAAAACCUUCUCCACAGUGGUCGACAUUCAGACAAUCUGUUUCUCAGUGUGGAUAUCAGACGGGACAGAGAGGAGCAGGACAGAGCUUUGAUCACAUUUUACAAGAGAGACAAUGUACAGUGGACAGCGCCGCUGCAAUGCACGCUUCGUGGUUAGUGUGAGGUUUAUCAGGCAGAAUUACAACACUGCUUAGCUAAUAAUAAUAAAAAAAUACUCAAGUCAUCUGUGUCCUUUGCAGGUGAUGUUGCAACAGGAAGUGGGGUCGACCGCCAUGUGAUGUCAACGGUCAUUUUCAGGCUAAUAAGUGGAUUCCAUUUAAACUUAGGUUGGUGACCAUAUAAAUCAAAUUAUUCAUCAGGAUGAUUUAGUAUUUCGUUACUAUGGAAACAAUUGCUGACACAGCCCUUCAGAUAUUGAUUAUGUGAGUUAUGAAUCUAAUUUAUGAUCCGUCUGUGCACUCAAAUCAAUUUUCUUCCUCAGUUCUCCUCCUGAGUUAACCUUGUGUUCAAAUGUUUAUUCAACCCUCUUUCUAUAUUUCACAGGGAAUGUUGCUAUUACCAAAAUCUUCGAAGGCGAGCCCGAUCACCUCAUCCCCUCAGUUUCAGAUGAGCUAAUGGACAAUAACAUGUUUGCUGUCGCAGGCCGAAUGAUUGGUCAUUCCUUUUUGCAUUGUGGCCCGAGUUUCCCAGGACUAAGCCCUGCCAUUAUUCACGUUCUCUUUGGAGGCUCAUUGGAAACUGCUCCUGUGACGAUACAAGACUGCCCAGAUCUGGACGUACGAGAAACUAUACUAAAGGUGAACAUUUCAAGACCUUUAUUUUCUAUUAACGGGCGUCAUCUCUCACAUAAAGCACUAAAACACCAGCCGAGGUCAUUUAUUCUGCACACGGAUGAGAAAUGUGUUCAUUAUGUUUUAUUCCAGCUAGAAAGAGACACAGAUUUAGAAGAGCUUGACCCCAUCCAUCAGCUCUGCCUGUCACUGGACCUGCCAGCACCAAAUGCCACAAACAGGAAAUGGCUGUCUGAAAAGAUCCUCCUUCAUGCUGUAAUGUCUGAGGUUUUAAUUUUCUCCACAGUGACUGAUACUAACACUUGUUUUCUUGGCAACAUUUGUGCAAAAUUUAAAAGAAGAACCACCACUGUGACAACAGUUAUUUACUCUUAUUUCAAAGCAAAAAAAAAAAAGGAAAACGUGAUAAAUUUCAUCAUGUAUUUUCGCCCAUAUUGCAGGUUAUUCAGCAAACAAGGCGUCAAAUCAACCAGUUCCGACAAGGCUUACAGGAUACAGGGCUGUGGCCACUUCUAAUUCACAGAAGAGAUGUAAUCCCAAUCCUGUUUCCCAGAGAUUCAGAAACUGCAGUCACACCUCAGGUACAACAGCACAGAUAUUACCAUUACUGUGAACAACUGUCUGUUGUUUAAAAAGGUUUGAAGUUUAGGGUGUUGAACUUAUUCAAAGCAAAAAAGAGACAGGACAAAAGGAGAGUAGGAUAUUGUUAACUUCUGCAUUAAGUAUUAUGACAUGUACCAAAUGAUUUUUGCAUAUUUAGGCCAUAAAUGAUCAUUUUUAAAUUCAGAUUUAUUCCAUAAAACAAACCAGCAACAACUUCUCAGGUUAUCGUCAUUUAAUUUUUAAGUGUAUGUGAUUUCAGAUUGUCUUGGAUUGCAUUAUUUGGCCGUCUUCUGUGACCGUCUUCUUUGAGAGCUAUAAGGACAAAGAGGAAGAUGAGUCCGAUGCCAUUGAUGUGCAUCGGGUGUCUGGCUACUUGAAAACAUUUAUUGAAAAUGGUUUGUAUAAGUAGAGUUUCUGUGUCAUUUUAAGAUCUGGUUGAAUGUAGCGAAUAGUAAGCCAUGUUUCAUCCGCUGUUGUUUUCUUACAGCAUCUCCUGCAGAGCUAAAGAGCCUCAUAAAGUUCUGGAUUGGGUGGGAGGUACCUGCCACACAGAUGAAAGUGGAAAUAGUGGAGGCCACAUACCCGACUGCUGCGACAUGUUUUGAGAAGCUGAGGUUGCCGAGGCAUUACAGGACAUAUAAGACAUUUUAUCAAGAUCUGUGUGCAUGCAUAUCUACGACUUACAGUGGUUUUGGAUGUGCCUGAAUAAGACAAUGUGCAACUUUAAUGCAUGUAAAAAUUGAUCUAACUUUUUCAGCCUACCGAAAUGAUUUUAUGUGAAACUGUUGUAAAAAAAUAUGUAAAAUAAAAUUACUAUUGAUAGAAGAAUUUCUCCACAGUGUUUCAUAAUUAUACUACUGGAGCUGUCAGCAUUAAUGUGUUAACCAAUAAGAGACAUAAGUCCAAAAUAAAUGGGUUAUAAACAGCACACAGGCUGUAGAGGUUUCACUUCUGUGGAAAUAAUAACAACACUGCAGCUUUAAAGGGUCAUUUCACUUCUUAAACAUCCAAAUGAAUCAGAUGAUAAUCAAUAUGACGUUAUUGGAGGUUUUUUAAUACAUAAGGAUUGUACAUUAUGCAAAAAAUGCAAAAAGUCUCUUUCUUUUUGUUCUAGGUGCCUACAUGUCCUACGAUGAAACCAACCUCUGA